CUCGAUGGAGGAUUGCUACAGCAGGACGCCAAGGGAAAAACCACAGGGCUUUUCUCUGGACUGAGACGCAUUAUCUCCAUCGCACGAUGAUAUAAUCAUCGAGAAAAGGGGGAAGACUUCAGGACAUCCGAAGUUGGGUCCAGAGAUGUGCGGGGCCGAGAUUGCAACGUUACGACGUGUUGUUCUGCUUCUGUUGUGUCCGAGCGUGCCAGUUGCAUUUUGAGACGGUGUCUACCACAGGCCCAGGAGGCAGUAAAUUGUUCUAAAGGAAAAGGACAACAAACAAGGGAAAUGACCAUGGCUGGAGCCCCAGGCUUCUUCUCCAACGGACCUGCAUGGACGGUCACCGACACAGAAAUGACCAACCUGUACCGAGAUUUGGAACUAGGGACCGUACUAACAUUGUUUUAUUCGAAAAAGUCUCAACGCCCGGAGAGAAGGACAUUUCAAGUGAAGCUUGAGACCCGACAGAUCAUUUGGACAAGGGGCACAGACAAGAUUGAAGGAGAAAUUGAUAUCAGGGAGAUCAAGGAGAUUCGGCCGGGGCUGAAGUCGCGCGACUUUGAGCGCUACAUGGAGGACUCGACUGCUCGACUGGACACCAGCCACUGCUUCGUCAUCCUCUAUGGGACCGAGUUUCGUCUCAAGUCCCUCAGCCUGGCAGCCACGUCGGAUGAGGAGAUGCUGAUGUGGGUGAAAGGCCUGUCAUGGCUGGUGGCCGACACGCUCAAGUCUCCCACGCCUCUGCAGAUAGAAAGGUGGUUACGGAAGCAGUUUUACUCAGUGGAUCGCAACAGGGAAGACAAGAUUUCCUGCAAAGAUCUGAAGAACAUGCUGUGUCAGGUCAACUACAGAGUACCUAACAUGAGGUUCCUGCGAGAGAAGCUUCCGGACGGGGAGCUGAGAAACGGCGAUGUCUCCUACUGUCAGUUUGCCCAGCUCUAUCGCAGCCUAAUGUUCGACGCCCAGAAAACAAUGGAGAUUCCUUUUCUGCAGAGGUACACAGACCGGCCAGAGCAGAGGAUUACGCUGGAAGAUUUCAAAGGUUUCCUCAUGGAGCAGCAGAAGGAUAUGUGGGCCACGGAUAACAACAAGGUGCAAGAGUUCAUGUUCAACUACCUGAAGGAUCCCCUGAGGGAGAUCGAGCAGCCGUAUUUCUUCCAAGAUGAAUUCCUCUCCUACCUGUUCUCCAAGGAGAACACCAUCUGGAACGACACACUGGACCAGGUGCGGCCCGAGGAGAUGAACAACCCGCUGUCCCACUACUGGAUCAGCUCCUCUCACAACACCUACCUGACCGGAGACCAGUUCUCCAGUGAGUCGUCUCUGGAGGCCUACGCUCGCUGCCUGCGGAUGGGCUGCAGAUGCAUUGAGUUGGAUUGCUGGGACGGCCCAGAUGGAAUGCCUGUCAUCUACCAUGGUCACACCCUCACCACCAAGAUCAAGUUCUGUGACGUCCUGGCGACAAUCAAAGAGCACGCAUUUGUCACCUCUGAGUAUCCCAUCAUCCUCUCCAUUGAAGACCACUGCAGUAUCGUCCAACAGAGAAACAUGGCCACCUUCUUCAAGAAGAUGUUUGGGGAGAUGCUGCUGACCAAGGCCGUGGACAUCUCAGCCGACGGGCUCCCCUCACCCAAUCAGCUCAAGAGGAAGAUCCUCAUUAAGCAUAAGAAACUAGCUGAGGGCAGCUCCUAUGAAGAAGUGUGCAGCUCAACGCCCUACUCUGAGAAUGACAUCAGUAAUUCUAUCAAGAACGGCAUCUUGUAUCUCGAGGAUCCAAUCAACCACGAGUGGUACCCUCACUUUUUCGUUCUGACCAGUAGCAAAAUUUACUACUCGGAAGAGACGACUAGUAACCAGGGCAAUGAUGAUGAGGAGGAGCACCGAGAGGUGUGUAACGGCAUGGACCAGCACGUGACGGAGAAGUGGUUCCACGGGAAGCUGGGCGCGGGGCGUGACGGUCGGCAGAUCGCCGAGCGGCUUCUCUCGGAAUACUGCGUAGAGACUGGAGCGCCCGACGGCUCCUUCCUGGUGCGCGAGAGUGAGACCUUCGUGGGAGAUUACACCCUGUCCUUCUGGCGGUCCGGUCGGGUUCAGCACUGUCGGAUCCACUCCCGCCAGGAGGCGGGCAGCCCCAAGUUCUACCUGACGGACAACCUGGUGUUCGACACGCUGUUUGCCCUCAUCACCCACUACCAGACGGUGGCGCUGCGCUGCAAUGAGUUUGAGAUGAAGCUGACGGAGCCCGUGCCCCAGACCAACGCGCACGAGAGCAAAGAGUGGUACCAUGCCAACCUGUCUCGGAGUCAGGCUGAGAACAUGUUGAUGCGGGUUCCACGGGAUGGGGCCUUCCUGGUCAGGAAGAGGACGGAGUUCAACUCCUACGCCAUCUCCUUCCGGGCGGAGGGCAAGAUCAAGCACUGUCGGGUGCAGCAGGAGGGCCAGACGGUGGUGCUGGGCACGUCGGAGUUCGACAGCCUGGUGGACCUGAUCAGCUACUACGAGAAGCACCCGCUCUACCGCAAGAUGAAGCUGCGCUACCCCAUCAACGAGGAGACGCUGGAGAAGAUCGGCACCGCCGAGCCUGACUAUGGGUCUCUUUACGAGGGCCGGAACCCAGGGUUCUAUGUGGAGGCCAACCAGAUGCCUACAUUUAAGUGCACAGUGAAAGCCAUGUAUGAGUAUAAGGCCCAGAGAGACGAUGAGCUCUCCUUCAGUAAGAGUGCCGUCAUUUCCAACGUGGACAAGCAGGAGGGUGGAUGGUGGAAAGGUGACUUUGGAGGCAAGAAGCAGCUUUGGUUCCCAGCCAACUACGUGGAGGAGAUAAGCCCUACUGCUGUGGAGCCUGACAGAACACAGCUGACUGAGAACAGCCCUCUGGGAGAUCUCUUGAGAGGAAGUGUGGAAGUGUCUUCCUGUCAGAUAGUGGUCCGGCAAGAGGGGAAGGGCAGCCGGCCGUUCGUCUUCUCACUGGUCUCAUCGGCCACACCGCGCUCGCCCGUCCUGGACAUCGCCGCCAGCACUCAGGAGGAGCUUAAGGACUGGGUCAUCAAGAUCCGCGAGGUCACCAUGACCUCUGAGGCGAAGCUGGAAGAAGGGAAGAUUAUGGAGAGGAGGAAGAAGAUCGCCUUGGAACUCUCGGACCUGGUCAUCUAUUGCCGGCCGGUUCCAUUUGACGAAGACAAGAUUGGAUCGGAGCGUGCUUGCUUCCGGGACAUGUCCUCCUUCCCAGAGACCAAGGCGGAGAAGUACGUGAACCGGAUCAAGGGGAAGAAGUUCUUGCAGUACAACCGGCUGCAGCUGUCGCGCAUCUACCCCAAGGGCCAGCGCCUGGACUCCUCCAACUACGACCCCUUACCCAUGUGGCUGUGCGGCAGUCAGCUGGUGGCCCUCAACUUCCAGACCGCAGAUAAACCCAUGCAGAUGAACCAGGCCCUGUUCAUGCUCAACGGCAGGAGCGGUUAUGUCUUGCAGCCGACCAUCAUGAGGGACGAUAAUUUCGAUCCGUUUGACCGCCACUCUCUCAGGGGCUUAGAGACCUUCACUCUGGUCAUUGAGGUGUUGGGGGCACGUCACCUACCCAAGCAUGGCAGGGGCAUCGUGUGUCCACUGAUUGAGAUCGAGGUGUGUGGGGCCGAGUAUGACAGUGCCAAGCAGAAGACUGACUCAGAAGCUGACAACGGCCUGAACCCCACUUGGCCGCGCAAAUCCUUCCGCUUCACGGUCGGCAAUCCUGCGUUUGCUUUCUUGCGCUUUGGCGUGUACGAGAUCGACAUGUUCAGUGACCAGAAUUUCCUUGCCCAGGCCACCUUCCCAAUCAAUGGGCUCAAGACAGGCUACCGGUCGGUCCCUUUGAAGAACAGCUAUAAUGAGGAUCUGGAGCUGGCCACUCUGCUUGUCCACAUGGAGAUCGUCAGGGGACGGCCCCAUGAGAAUGGUGACGUGAGCCCCUUCCUGGGCGCCUCCACUAUGGGCCUGGCCAGCUACGUGGGCCGCGAGCGCACGGGCGAGUCCGGCUCCGUGUCCUCGGCCUCCUCCAUGUCCCCUCUGCCCUCGUCGCCGGGCCAGGCGCUGGGCUACCGCGGCCGGGAAAACUCCUUCGAGUCGCGCUACCAGCCCCCGCUGGACGACUUCAGGGUGUCUCCGCAAGAAGCGCUGUUGGACCAUGUGGACCCCCAGAACAGGAGGCUGAUGCGGCGGACCCGAGUGGGCGGAGAGAAUCGAGUCUAGAUGGAGCGGCGACGUCGAUGAGACGCCCCCGGCCGCCGUCCCGGGCUCUUGCUCGCUCGCUCUCCCUCCCUCCCUCUCUCUCCCGCUCCGCUCGCUCUCUUGUCUCCGCCGGUGCCGACGAUGUCAUGGACUGCUGUGAAAAUUGUUUCUAUGGAAACGUCGCCAGAGCUUUUGGCCCACAUUUCAGGCAGAUCUCCCCUCCGUGUGUGUGUGUGUGUGUGUGUGUGUGUGCUCCCCCCUCUUCCUGCCUCUCUCUCCAGCCAAUCAGCACCUACACACCCCCUUUCCACAUAAACAUGCACACACACACAUACACACACACACAUGCACGCACACACACACAUACACACACACACAACCUCGACUGGACAGACGGUGGGGCUGGAGGUAGGAGCGGAUGGAAGCGGGGAGCGACGCGGUCGUGGAAAGUGCAAACUGAGCAGGCCAGAGUGGAGCCGUUGCCUGAACGGAGGACCACAAAGAGCGAUGGAAACGCAGCAGUGUGUGUGUGUUUCCCCAAGUUUGGGUUGUUGUUUUUUUUUGUUUUGUAAUUUUUUCCCCCCUUUUCUCUGGCAUAUAUAAGUAUAUAUAGAUUUCUAUAUAAAUAUAUUUAUUUCAGCUUUGCUGUCUACCAGAGAACAGACAUAGCUGACCUGCUCUCAAAGAGCCCUUUUUUUCUUAUUUUUUUGUUUUUAUUGAUAUUUUUUGUGUUAUUUAAACCUUAGUUUUAACCUCUCAUAAUGUGACACCUUUCCUUUUUUUACUUUUGAAACUCUUCAGACCAUGUGCCCUUUUUAAACACAAGGGUUUUUCUCACCCCUCUCUGGUGAGAGACGUCCGGUAGCGUCCGGCCUGUCCCUGAGCACACAUUAGUGCUGUUUUUUUCCUCUUUCGUUUUCCUUUUUUUUUUUUUUAACCAGAGGGGGGAAAAACCAGAGCGACUGUCUGAAAAGAAGCUCAGGAAGAGGAUACUGCCUGUUUGUGUUGGACGCCACUGGUUUCAGGAAGAAACAGAAACAGGGGAGAGCGCAGGACUUUUCUGGCAUCGGCUUCUCCUCUUCCCAUCGCGCCUCCCACAUGGCCAGACUCUCCAUUGGUUUCUCCCUCUCUGUUUUUUUUUUUUUUUUUACAUUUUUUUUUAUUUUUUGUGUUUGCGUUGUGUUGCGUAAGGCAGGUUGUCCGGAUGCGGAUAGUGGUGAACUAGCCACGACUUUGCUCUGCUCUGCGCUAACUCUCAGCGUAGCUGUUGUGCCACAAGGCCAGGCCACUCGGAGGACGCUGUUGCACACUCAUCUCUAACUCAGUCAGUAUGGCAGCGCACUCUGUAAAAUACUAUGUUGAGUUCUACAAGGUUUAUUUUAGUUUCUUUUUUCUCUCUCUCUUCUCAACCUUUGCCAACAGCGAGGACAAAAUAUCCAAUGGUGUUUUUUACUGCUGAGAAUACCAUCAGAAGUAUAUUGUGUGUGUAUAUAUACCUAAAUCUCAUCUUAAACCCCCAGCGAAAACCUAUUACUGUUAAUGAGUCCAUUUAUCAUGGGAAUGAUCGCAGCUUAUUUUAGGUUGCUGGGAAUACUUUUCCUGUAUGUAUUUUGUUUCCCUCAGCGUUUGAGACCAUUUAGUGCGGCAGCAUUUUGUGUUCUGUGUUUGCUUUUAAAAAAAAGAGCCCUUUUCUCCUCCUUCGCUUCUGAUGAGUAUUGCACUCUCUCUAAUGCCUUUCAUGGAAGACUUUUACCUAUUACUAACAGAAAGACUUCAGCCAUGUUUAUAAUGCUUGUGUGUUGUGAAAUAUGCCAAGGAACAGUAGUGCAAGCACAGAAAAGAGCGCCUCAUUUGACCUUGGCUUUUGCCAGAUGAUUUUACACCAAAAAAAUGAAAUGAAAUGAAAUAAAUAAGAGCAGUAUUGCAAAAUGAGGGACCAAAUAGAAUGACUAAUGGUGCACUGAACAAAGUGAGCCGAGUGAGUGGUGACCGUUUUUUAUUUUAUUUUUUAUAAUUAUUUUUUCUCCCCUAAAUCAAAUCCACUCAUUUCUGUAGGUUAGGUGGACCAAAAAUUAGGUUAGCCAGUAAAAUAUGAUUUAUAUUCCAGUUUUUGUAUUUUUGUGCCAUUCUGACAUGAAAUUGCCUGCUUUGCAUUGAAGUGUGUUUUAUAACCGUGAAAAAAAGUGUGAAAGCAUCAGCUUGACUGGUGACUACCGCAAUGACCGGUGAUUAGAUAGUUUUGGAUCUACAAGCGCCACACAGGACGAAAUACCCAAGCUCCGAACUCUGCAGUUGCUGUCUUCAGCCUACAGAGGUCAUGAAGGAAGCCCUACAAGCACUCAAGUGGUGUGGGCACUUGCAAACGGGCAUCUUAAUUCCUUUAAUGAAAACGUUGCUGACACUAUUAAUUCUCGGUUGAAACUGUCAUGGACAGUUUGGUAGGUACACCCACAUACACCUGUGGUUCAUACGUGUAACAAACAGCAGCAGACUUUCAUAUGAUCGGGACACAGAUAGCGAUGCUUAAUGUAUCUUCAUUUUACAAACCUGGUAAUUUUCCACACUUUCAAUAUGAUUAAAGCUCGUCCCCACUACAUAACCAUGGGAAUUCUAACUGGCCAACUGUAUAUAAUAGUGCUAUUGGAGGAGUAUGACUAGUUGGAGGUUUGGGAAUGAAUAAAUCAUGUGCGUACAAUCACUGCAACAUCGUUAUAAACAUAAAACUGCUUCACCUGCAUAACCAGGUGAUGAACAUGUUCAACACAGAGAACACAUAACCUUAUGUUAGUUAUUCCUCAUCACGUAUGGAUCACAAGACGACUGCUUGGAUGGACAACCCAUGGAAAUGGCCUGACUCUGCUGUCUGCUGUUUGUUUGUGGACAUCAGGGUCAUCAAGUGUCAACAGUCAGAACAAAUCUUCAAUUCAGUUUAAUUUAUGGUGCCACUAACAAUUGAAAUAGUCCCAAGGGGAUUCACUGGCCCCUUCAGCAAGCACUAAGGGGCCAGUGGGCUCCAGGGAGGGGCCGAUCACAGGGUGUCCCAAUCUUGUGCACUUCCCUCCCCAAGGGAGCAAGUGAGCUAGAGCCGGAGUUGGCUGCAGUGUGGACCUUCAUCUCAUUCGUUCAUUUACUCCUCCAUGUCACGUCAUGGUCUACAUGGGCCGUGUUGACUUGUGCUGGCUUGCAGCCUCUUUAUAUGGGCUACUGGUUUAGUUCCUAUGUUAUGUGCUAUUUAUGACCAGUGAAUACAAUACUUAUAGAAAAACAAUACAAAAUAUACAAAAUUCCAGCCUUCAACCUAUGUGUUUUGACAUUAGCACGAGUGAAAGAAAAUAUACAAAAGGGCAAUGUUGAUUGUUUUUGUUUGUUUUGAAUGUUUAAAAUUGCUCAACCACACUUGCCCAUGUCCUCCUUUGGGAUUUCAGUUUCUCUUUUGUGUUCCUUGUCGCGCUCCCCAACCCCAGUCUGCUUCAAAUAGCUGUAAUGUAGUCUACUGCAUUGGCUUCCAUGUGCCUCGGUGUACAUAUGCACACAUAUUUAUAAAUACACACCCACAGGAAUCUCCUUUUCAAUAUAUAUAAAACAGACAUAGAUAUAUGUAUAUAUCUAUAUCGGUUUUGUUCUCCCCUCAUGGUCACACUUUCUUUUGUUACUGAAGCUCUUUACGAAGCCUUUUCUGUAAUGUGCCUAUGCUAUGCGGGGAGAAGACGGGGAAGUAUACAUUUUAAUUUUGCCUUUCAUAAGAAACAUAUUCAAGCCUGAAAAUUAAAUAAAGUACUUAUUCAACUA